AUGUCGGACCUCUCAGGGUCACGCUCCCCGGUCCCCCCUCCCCCGCCGCCACCCACCAAGUACUCGCAUCGCGCCGCCAACGCGCUCGCCCGUUUCGCCCAGCCCUUCUUCUCGGGGUCGCGCCCCCCAGUCCGCAGAAUAGCCGGGUCGAUGGGCCCCGGCCGAUCAGGUCCAAAUCUCUACACGUCGAAGGCGAGGCCCGGUGAACCGCAGACUGUUACCCACCGAACCGGCAUCCCCAUCGCCGCCCUCGAUAUAUCGCCGCAACGGACGCACGCUGUCAUCGGAGGCAAAGACAUUCUCAAAACUAUCCGAGUCUCGCCUGAUCAUUCGUCGGAAGAAUUUAAUAUUCGCAAUGCGGUCAUCAGCUAUGCAUCUACCCACAAUGAGGUGGGCAUGUCGAUGCCGCAUAAAGACCAAUUGAAUGUCAGGGACGUCAAGUGGUCACAUGGUAAUUACGACCGGAUAAUCGCGACAGCGGUCGCCAAUGGCCGGAUUGUCGUCUACGACCUGCAGCGGCCCAGCCUCCAAUUAUGUCGCUUCCAGGGCCACAACCGCCAGGUUCACAGACUCGCCUUCAACCCUCAUCUCGCAUCAUGGUUGUUGUCCGGCAGCCAAGAUGGUACAAUCCGGAUGUGGGAUCUGCGUGCCGCGUCUACGAAUCGGGGCCUUUCCACGUGCGGCAGCAAGCAUGUCUACCAGGGAAAUAGCGAUGCUAUCCGGGACGUCCGGUGGUCUCCCACGGAUGGUGUCGUGUUUGCGACCGCCUCGGACAGCGGCGCUAUUCAACAGUGGGAUUCGCGCAAGACGAAUGCCCCCAUCCUAAGGAUUGCCGCCCACGAUCGCCCCUGUUUCGCCGUGGACUGGCAUCCCGAUGGGAGACACGUCGUCAGUGGGGGCACGGACCGACAGGUGAAGGUCUGGGAUUUCUCCCCUUCUGCAGAGCGACGGCAGAAACCUGCCUUCCAGUUCCGAACCCCCCAGGCCGUGACAAACGUCCGAUGGCGGCCUCCAUCGUGGGUGGGCGACUCGCCCAGCUCGGGGGAAUGGCAGUCCUCUCAGAUCGUGACUACCUAUGACAAGGAGGACCCUCGCAUUCAUCUCUGGGAUCUUCGGCGGCCCCAUGUUCCUUUCCGUGAGUUCGACCGAUAUGAUGUCCCCGCAACCGACCUGCUCUGGCACUCGAAAGAUCUAUUGUGGACGGUCGGCGAGGCGGGAGCAUUCACUCAAACCGAUGUGCGGUAUGCCCCGGCAGUGGUCAAUCGCCGACCCAUGUGCUCGGUCGCAUGGAGCCCAAAUGGCGAGUUCGUUGCAUUCGCCCAGCAGCGACCCAGGCGACGGGCUCUGGGGGUCGAUGCAUCCGAAUUUCUGCAGUAUGAAGAGGAUCACGAGAGCAAUAGCGGCAAAUCUUUAAGCCAGAGCCCGGCAGAAGACAUGCUUGAUGAGGUGGCCCUGGCCUCUUCCUUCCGACACCGGCAGACCAAGCCCAGCACGAUUCGACCAUCCAAGUCAUUGGGCAGCACACCGCCAGGGGCAGUGACUAUCAUUCCCGUGCUCGAUCUGGAGGAAGGCCUGGCCAAGAUUUCAUCCCCUGUUUCGAGUCAGCUUGGUGCUAUUGGGAGUAUACCCGGCGUCACGAACGAUGCUUCUAUCUUCCGGUUCUUGGCAACUCAUUAUUCCCCACUCAUAAAUGAGCAUCGCCAGCAACAAAGUCAUGCCAGUGCUCUGAGUGCGUUGAUGAAGUCGCUCGAUCACAAUGCUGAAUGCGCCGAUGAACUGUCCCUGACCAAGCUAGCCCAAACGUGGCGGAUUGUUAAAUUUGCCCUUCUGCAGGAGCUUCAACGUAGAUCGAGAGAGUAUCAAUCUGGCAAAGGGAGCGUCAAAGGGAAGUCAUCCAAAGAUGGCUUGCUGACAGAUAAACACCGACCGUCAGAUGAAGGCCGCCCAGGCAAGGUGAAGAGUCGACUGUUUAAGGGGGUCAUGGAGACUGAAGGUCAAAGAGGUCUCAACCCUGAAGCUGAGAGCUCAUCCAACAUGACCACGCCACUUGCACGGCCAUUGCCUGAUUCUCCAAUGGAGUCCUGGACAAGUUCAGACUCGCAGAUUCCCUCUAUCAGCGAGAACGCGAUUGAUCUAGACCCUCUUCCACCGUCCGUCUUGAGUUCCCACAAUGGUUGGGAUAUGUCCGGCUCCGAGUCUCAACCCCUACACCACCCUCUACCCUUGACGCAGGAGCGAGCAUCCAGCGAAGACACACAUAUUUCCGGAGUUGCCGUCUCUGGUCAUCUUCGUGACCCCUUGCAGCAUGAUCUUGACAGUGAUCAAAGAUCUGCACCAAGGGCAAUAACUGGUCGAGCCGACUGGCGUCUUCAUGGUCAACCUAGUUUCAAUCGCGAGGCUUCAGAAGAUGACUACGAUCAGAAGAUGGAAGAUAAGCGGGCAGCCAUCCGUGAUUACAAACAAUACCCCAAGAAAGUCUUGACGCUGGAUUCCCCAUUAGAAUCCAAUCGCCCUCCUCUUGAUCACUACAGCCGACGGGACUCGUCAGAAAGCUUCCCGAUGUUCUCCGCAUCUACGGAUAGUUCUCACCCUUCCAAGUCUAUCGCGGCGUCUUAUUCAUCCAAUGGGCGUCCGCUCUCAGAUGGCCCGCUCUCAGAUAAUGGCCAAGCUGGUUCGUAUGUUGGUCGGGCUGCAGCUGUUGCGAGACGCGAAUCCGGUCUCGAUCCAGCCCCGGAGGAGGAGGAGGAGGAGGAGGAGGAGGAGCCUGAAGAUGAUGACAUGGAUAUAGACGAAUCUGUGCUUGAAAACGAUCAAGUUCAUCUCGAACGACCUUCCAGCCCGCCUCUAUUACUCACCGAGUCGACUCCACUUGAGCCACCGGGCUCUCGGAGGACGUUUGACGACUCGGUCAAUCUGCUGUCUGGUGGGACUGCAGCCUACACCGGCAUAACAGGAAUCUAUCAAGACCUUUCACAUGUGGAGAUUCCUCUCUCUCCAGAUACCGCGGAUCUCAAGCCGUGGAGCAUCGAAGCCAUCAUGAAGGAGGCCAUCCGAUACUAUCACAGUAGCAGCAGGUCCGUUGAUAUCCAGACCGCAGCCCACCUGCUACAUAAAAUGCACGCUCUUUUCCAGGAUUGUGAGACGAUACUCCCAUACGAGGAGUGUGAGAUGAUCUUCAAAACCUACAAUGAAUACUUGAUUCGACACGAGAUGGACUUGGAAGCCGCAGAGCUCCGACUCUCUUGCGUAUCCACUUAUCCUGGCAUCUACGACUACGCGCAGAUGGACACAUUCAUCAACGUCUACUGCUAUACCUGUCAACGACCGUAUGAGAAUCCGCGGCGUGACAACACCUGCUGUCACCGCUGCAACACCCCACAAGCACCAUGUACCAUCUGCAUGAGUAUUGAGCCUCCUCCGGAAUGGGUUGCUGCCCACCAGUCGAGCCAGUCCGUCUCAGGCACCUCUAGUCCCGAUCCAGACGCGGAAACUAUCUCGCACCUCUCGUCGCUCUCAUCUGCUCCCACAGAGCGAGCUCCUGCCUCCGAAGUGGACUCUUUCGUCACGCCCAGCCCCAAAGGCUCGUCCCUCUGGACAUGGUGCCAAGGCUGUGGCCACGGUGGCCACGUCGCCUGCAUCACCACCUGGCUCAAUGACCUGUCUAUCAGCGAGGGUGGCUGUGCCACACCCGGCUGCUCCCACGAUUGCGGCCCCGGCCCGCGCCGCGAGCUUAAUCGCCAGAUGCUCCUCUCCGAGACCAAGCGCCGCGACUCAGCCAGUCGCUCGUCCGGGGUCGGACUUGUGAAGCGUGAUCCGUGGGCGAAGGGCGAGAGUAGGGCGGUCGAAAAAGUGCGCGGCAUGCUCGGCGCUGCUGGUGUCGCGGCCGCCACGGGUCAAAGUGGCGCGGCCGCCAGUACCUCAACAAUCAAUUCCGCUGUACAAAGCCCCGUCUCACCGGGUGCGGUGUCUCCGAAGAAGGUCCGGCUUGUUACACCAGGUGAACAA